CCCCUCCCCUCCCCGCCAUCAGCUCCCGGAGGCGAUGCGGGGGUGAGGGGGGCGCGCGCGCGCAGGCGCGUUCCCGCCGCUCCCCUCCCGCAGUCGCUCGCUCCGCACGGCGGGCAGUGCGCGCUCCCGCCGCCGCCGCCGCCCCCCCCUUCCCCCCCUCCCCUCCAUCCCCGCUGCGCGGCGACCCUGCUCCGCCGCUGCCGAGGGGAUCCGCCGCCGAGGAGACGGUGAGCGCCCCGCCGCCGGCCAUCUGUUGCUCCCCUCCCGUCCCCUCAGCCGGCCCUUCACCGGGAGCCCCGUCCUGAGACCCCGACUAGUAACUGGAGCACAAAGAUUGCUUUGGGUGAGCAAUGCUCAGAGAUACUAUGAAGUCCUGGAGUGACAGCCAGUCAGACCUCUACAGCAGUGACCAAGAAGAGGAAGAACAGAUGAUCUUUGGAGAAAAUGAAGAUGAUUUGGAAGAGAUGAUGGAUUUAAGUGACUUGCCUACCUCACUCUUUGCUUGCAGCGUUCAUGAAGCUGUGUUUGAGGUACAGGAAGAAAAGGAAAGAUUUGAAGCACUUUUCACCAUCUACGAUAAUCAAGUUACAUUCCAGUUGUUCAAAAGCUUCAGAAGAGUGAGGAUAAACUUCAGCAAUCCAGAGGCAGCAGCAAGAGCACGGAUAGAACUGCAUGAAACUGACUUUAACGGGAAGAAGCUGAAGCUGUACUUUGCGCAGGUACAGGUAUCCAGUGAAAUAGGCGACAAGUCCUACCUCCUUCCUCCACAACCUGUUAAACAGUUCCUGAUAUCACCGCCUGCAUCUCCACCAGUUGGAUGGAAACAGAGUGAAGACGCAACUCCCCUGAUAAACUAUGACUUGCUUUGUGCUGUCUCCAAGUUGGGACCAGGGGAGAAGUACGAGCUUCAUGCAGGAACAGAAUCAACUCCUAGUGUAGUUGUCCAUGUCUGUGAAAGUGAGACAGAAGAGGAAGAUGAAAUAAAAAAUCCCAAACAGAAGAUCCUGCAGACAAGGCGCCCAGAACCACCUGCAACGAUACUGAAUGAAUCGAAAGCAUUUGAUUGUACGCUGGAGGUAGGGGGUACUAUGCACUGUUAAACUGUGCGAUGCUCAAGGUAGUAUCAAAAAAAUCAGACACUUAACGAGUACGUGUGUUGAUGUCUGUACUGCUGCUAUAUGUUAUGUAUAGCGACAACAGGUUUUACUUGUAAUUGUCUCUCAUGUUCAAGAUUUUGGAUGCCAAUGUUCUGAAAAGCACUUUAAUUUUAGGGACUAGUCCCCCAAGUGUAGCAAAUCCACCUGACUUGAAAUAGUGAAAAAUAGGAAGUCUGGUUGUGUUUUGUUUUGUUUAAGCUGUUACCCUUUUCUUUAUGCUGUACAGUGUGAUGUACCAAGUGCUGAAAUGAUAUCUUUCUGUCACGAUUGGAUUCAAGAAAGUUCAUCGUGUGGCAAAUAAAAGCUGAUCUGUACUGGCACAACAGCUUCCGAUUCACAGAGUGUUAAAUGCAAGUGAAACGUACUCUUCAUGCUAAAAUUCCUUCCCAGCUAGUGAUCUUCCGAGGUGAAGAUUCAUCUUGGCUUUUCUCAGAAAUGCCAAGUAUGUGCUUUUAAUUUGACAUGAGGCACAAAUACACGUAUAGAACUAGAUUUAGGUAGUUUUGCUAACUACACGGAGAAGAAUACAGGCGGAAGAACCACAGACCACUGAGAAGACGGGCUCCGAGCCUGUCGCCAACACUACUGCUGCUACUAUCUGUGGCGGAACACCGAUAGGUACAAUGGUUUGCACUGACACCCAGUUAGGAGUGAAUUGCGAUAUGUAGAGGGACAUAGGGAUUCAGCUCUUGAAUGUGUUUGUCUCUGAUCCUCUCUGAAAAUACGGCAACGUUUGUUCCUCUGCAUCUACAAAUAAGUUCAGUGACUGUUACGUUGUGACUAAAUUAUGUUAGGAGACAGAACAUCUAGGACUAAUUUUUAACUCGUGCUCCUAAACUUCUCCAGUCUGUUUCAUGUUUUUUAAGACAAUCAGUUGCCUGGCUUCGCCAGUUUUUAUGCAGUUUCAGCCCUUGUUUGCUCUUUUUCAUUAGGACUUUUUCUGUGCAACAUCCUGUCUGUCUGAUAGAGCAUCUGCCGCUUUUUGAGACCAGGAUGCGCCUUUUAAAAUAGAGAUCUUUUAAUUUUGUGAUCUUGUGUUAAGUGUUUCAGUAGGAGGGAAAUAUGCCUCGGUAUAAUGACACAUGCCUCUAUGCUUUUAUGCUAUUUUAUAACCAACCUUUUUUAGUCUAGACAGAUUCUUCUUUUUUCUAUUAAAAAAAAAUUAUUUGUGAACAAACCAGGCUGCUGAUGUUCUUAUAUAUAAAUCAUUCAGAAAUUGGCCGUUUUCAAAUUCAUUUUAGUGUGUUACUGUUCCACAUGAAGUGCUUAUUGAAUUUUCAAAAGUGUUUUCACUCGACUGACAGCGGAGAGAAAAAGUAAUGGUUAUGAAUUAGCAUGGGCGUGGUAGAUUUCACCUCCGUAUUGUGCCAGCUCGCGUUCCCUUCCUGCCACCGGCUUCAAGUUGCAAAAUGGGAUCCUGCAGGCAGGUCCCUGUUCACAGGCAGGAAUAGUCUAUAUUAAAAAGGUAGGAAAAUGGGGUUCGUCUUGCCUCCGCAGGCAUGAUAUUAUGUAUCUCUUCAGGUAUGAAACUCACUCAAAAUCUGACUUCUCUGUCUCACUGUUCUGUGUUAUUAAAAAAAAAACAAACAACAAAAAAACCUUGUAUUGUCCAUCAGGCUUGUGUAUUUCUAAAAUUCCAGAAGUCCGUUUUGGAUUUUCUGUGGUGUUUAUAUUUUGUUAAUUGCUUCAUUUCUACCCCGUUGUAGAAGUUGCUGUAAGUAGAAUAAGUGGAAAACCUUCAGAAACAGUUUUAUAGGGCGAAUCAAGCAAGUCAUGUUGUCAGUGUAUCUGGUAUAAAGUGUAUAAUAACUUGCAUUCCAACAUCUUUCAUUGUGUAAAGACACUUAAAAUAAAAACAAUGCAGUGCCAUUCA